GGAGGGGAAUAUAUUUUUUUAGUUUACAAACCAAGGACCAGCAUUGGAAGAUCCGGUUAGAACUGUGCGGCUGUCGUGUCUGUGAUCUUUGUUUGCUGUAACUUCUGAGGUAAAACUGAUAGAUAAUAUGCGCAUUGUUUACUUUUUCAUUUCAAUCAAUACAUUAUUCUGCGGCUAUUCUCCAACUCCGUUGAUUUAGGGUUUUGCCUUUUUUUAAAAAAAAUAAAUUUAAACAUUGCCUCCAUUUAAUUUAGGUGAUGGGAAAGUCUUGGUGCUUCAUACCUGUAACGUCUUGAUUCUAUCAAUGGUAGCAGCUUUAGUGUUAUUAGCCAUAGCAAAACAACUUUUCUCUUUGUUGAUUACCUGACCAUUGACCCUUUCAUAGACAGAGAGAGUAUCAAGCACUAUUUUAAGAGAUCUCUUGCUACCAUUACAAAAUAAAAUGGUGUUGUCAGCAAAGGAGAGAUGAGUAAUGUUGGGGUUAUUGCUCAUGUAAAAACCUUGGUACCCUUGUCUGUGUUGAAGAUUGUUAAGUAAUCUUGUAACUAACUACUCACCUUUCUAGAUUAUUUACAAAAUCAGGGGGGUCAUAGACAAUGUUGACAGGUUUGAUUACACUGAUCCUCAACGAAGGUAGAUUCCAUCUGUCUGUGUUGCUUGUCCGCGGGCCUAGAGGAAUAAUAAUGGACACUGAUGUCAUUUGUGAUGAGAAUAAGGGAGAAAGUUUGUCUCAGUACUCCAUUGUUAAGAAAUUGAAGGGGUGUUAUCAGUCUCCGAAGCGGUUGCCUGAAUUGCCAACAAAGCCAUCUGAUCCUCUAGGUCCAGUCACUCCUGAUUCCAUCCGAGAAGGUGGCAACCACGUAGAUGGCUGUUGUUCACCAGUUUCUUCUUCUUCUUCUCUUCACAGUACUCGUUGCUUUAAGUCUCAACUUUUUGGCGACCUGGUUCCUUCAAAUGAAGGAAGUCCACAGACUCCGAAGGGGUUUGAUCCAUUUGCUCCUGGACCAGAUGAACUCAUGCUUGCCCCACAAUGUAAAAAAUAUUUUACAGAUUCACAAGCCAAAGUGACGCGUCAGCUUAAUUUUGAGGAGACUUUGAAUUUCAAUGGAAAUGUUAAUCAGUCGGACAAUGUAGGAACCGUGUCUGGGGAUGAGAUGUUAUUUGAAUUGUUGUACAAUUCUCUUCUGGAAGUUAUUACUGCAAAACAGAAAGAGGAUCUUCAUUCGAAAGCCUCAACUCUACUUUCAGACUCUGAUGGAUACAAGACACCUACCUUUGCACCUCAUCUUAGUGGAGUUGCUGAUAUGUGCCCUGGUGCUCCUAUGAAGCCCGCAAAUCGGUUUAAAAGAAUUCACAAGGGAUUAUGCAAAAAGCUGAUAUUUUGACAUAUGUUCAUGUUGCAAGGUCGCCAGAGAUUGAUUCUAGUACAUGACGACCUCACCCAUUUUCAAUGUUGUGGCUAACCUCAAACUUGGAUGUGGUAGAGCAUUAACAUAUUGUAUAGGUUGUUGAUAUCGCAACUGCUCAUCCAACAUUUACUUGUGAUUCUAGGAAUUUUAUGUACUAUUAUGUAGAGUUUAAUUCAGUAUUGAGUGACUGUACUCUUGUAGCUGUAUAAUGUAUAGGCUUUUGCAACUUCUGAUGUAGUUCAAUGUGGACAAAAGUCUAUUUAUUUGAUAGUUGAUCGUUGACCAUUUUACUA